UGACAGUGUUGUCAUGGUGGUUUUGUUUAUGUGAAAGAGGUUCUCUGCUUUUAUCAACAAAAAAACAAUAAUUCUAUCAAAGCCAUUCCUCUGCCUUUAUUUUCUUAUAUAUAUAUACAAGAAAUUAGUUGUUUUUGAGUUUAGCGUUGAAGAUUACUUUUUCCUUUUUCUCGGUUUCAUUGGUGUUUCUGUUUGUUUGAUGGGAAUUAUCAUUCCGGGAAAGUUCCGGUAAUGGGAAAAUUGUCUUUUAAGGAUUCUCUUAAAGCUCUCGAAGCUGAUAUCCAGCACGCCAAUACUCUUGCCUUAGAUUAUCCAAGGGAGAAAGAUGGGGCUCGUCUUCAGAUGAGAUUAUCCUACAGUCAGGCUGCCCAAUUUUUUCUUUUUCUUGUUCAAUGGACUGAUUGUCACCUUGCUGGUGCCCUUGGCUUGCUCAGAGUUCUUAUUUAUGUGACCUAUGCUGAUGGCAAAACAACCAUGUCUGUUUAUGAAAGGAAAGCUAGCCUUAGAGAAUUUUAUGGGGUUAUUUUUCCUUCUCUGUUGCAACUUCAAAGAGGAAUCACCGAUUUGGAAGAUAAGAAACAGAAGGAGGUUUGUAAUAUUAGAUAUAGAAGAAGGGAUGAGUUGGAGAAAGAGAGACUCUCUGAAAUUGACAUAGAAAGAGAAGAGGAGUGUGGGAUUUGCUUGGAGAUGCACAGCAAGGUUAUAUUGCCCAAUUGCAACCAUUCUUUGUGUUUGAAGUGCUAUCAGGACUGGCAUCAGAGGUCUCAAUCUUGCCCCUUUUGCCGAGAUAGUCUUAAAAGAGUCAAUUCUGGUGACCUUUGGAUCUAUACAGAUAAGUCUGAUACUGUUGAUUUACCCUUAAUUUUGAGAGAGAAUUGUAAGAGGCUGUUCAUGUACAUAGAGAAGUUGCCUCUUAUUGUCCCUGAUCAUGUAAUCAUUCCCUAUGAUUCUCAUGUUAGGUGACAGUUUCUGUGCUGGAACUUGAAACUUUUACUGUAUGAUAAUCAACGGCUGUAUAUAUUGAAAAGAAAGCUUGGAAAUGUAAAUGACUUUUGGUAAUCAAUGAUUAGAUCAGAGCUAGAGGUUUUGGGAAAA